GUGCCUAUUGGUGAGCUGAGGGCAGGGUGGCAGCAUGAGCCAAUGAGAGCUGGAGGCGGGCCUAGUGUCGGCGCCUGAGCAACCGCGAGGGCUGCGGGAUCUGCGGGAUCUGCGGGGCGGCAGUCAUGCUGCUCUUCUGCCCCGGCUGCGGGAAUGGGCUCAUCGUGGAGGAGGGACAGCGCUGCCACCGUUUCGCCUGCAACACCUGCCCCUACAAUCCGGCCCUAGAAUCGGUCCCUCCCCAGUGCCUUCACCCUGGCUAUCGCCGUUCCCUCCCCCGGGGCUCCGUGCUCGCAGGUGCCCCCUUCGCUGUGGUCACAGCGGCGGCCAGAGCGGUCCUGCUACCUCCCGAGUCGGAUGAGCCGGUGACGAAUCGGAAGUAUCCGAAGCUGAAAGAAGUGGAUGACGUGCUGGGUGGGGCGGCCGCCUGGGAGAACGUGGACUCCACGGCAGAGCCGUGUCCCAAAUGUGAGCAUCCACGUGCCUAUUUCAUGCAGCUUCAGACCCGCUCUGCGGACGAGCCCAUGACCACCUUCUACAAGUGCUGCAAUGCGCAGUGUGGACACCGCUGGAGGGACUAGGGCCAGGCUGGCCCAGCUGCGUGGUGUCUGUUUACCUUAUUCCUCAGAGUGGGUUUCCAGCUGGGAGCGAGCACUUGUGUCCUGAGGGCCUUUGCUGGUGUGGCGGAAAUGGGUAGCCCGUCUGCUGUUGUUGGCCUGGGUGUCCGGAAAUGGAUAGCCCAUCUGCCAAUCAGUGGAUGAACUCAUUAAUGUCCAGGGAGAUUUUGCAUGUGGGGAAGAUUAUCCACAACUAAUUAUACUUUGUUUAAGGUCCUGUUCAUUCAUCGUUCACAUUUAUUGGGCAAUUGACAUUCUUUUACCAUCAACCAACACUCUUAAAUAUUUAUAUUGUUUGCAUAACUAAUAAAGUAAAACUUACUAAUUUAGUACAUUAGUUGUUCCUAAAUAUUUAACUGUUAAGUGGAAACUUAUUUAAUCAAAAUUUAUUCUGAAUAUUUAAUUAAAAUGAAAAAUUUAAUAUUGC